GCUGCUGCUAAUUAGGGGCGGGGAGUAGCUGUUGAAGUUAUUUGGACAGCUACUAAUUCAGCGGGACGCGGAUGUUCCGAUAGUCUAUUGCUCGCUGCCAUGGCCGAACCACGAAGGGUUCAACUGACUACGCUGUCCAGUAAUGUCCCCUUGCAGUCAGCCGUGGGGGUUAAACCAGCGUUACCCCCUAAAGAGGCGGUCACCGUUACUCCAGUAGCUGCGUCGACCUCAACUUCCUGGGGAAGUCCAACCAAACAACCUGUAGCCGCAUCCAACUCGUGUUCUCAGGGUAGUUCAACCAAACUGGUUAAGACCGAACGCUUUGUCCUGACGUUGUUUGAGCCAGACCAGCAUAGGUGUCCUGAGUUCUACUACCCUGAACUUGUUUACAAAAAGAAGAGCGUUUCAGACAAAGAUGUACCAAACACAAUUGAGCAGGAGAACAGAGAGAAGGAUGAACUUGGAGCGAUCGCCAGGAGAUUCGAGGAUAAAUAUGGAUGUGGGAACAAACGUAAGAAGGAUCGUAUUCAGGAUCUAGUGGAUAUAGGCUAUGGUUAUGACAACGAAGACUCUUUCAUCGACAACUCAGAGGCAUAUGAUGAGUUGGUCCCAGCCUCUCUGAGCACCAAGCUGGGAGGGUUCUAUGUCAACUCUGGACCUCUCCAUUUCCGCCAGGCCUCUGAUACGGAGACAGACGACGACUCCAUGACCAAGAACCAACAACCCAAGCCCCCUAAAGUAAUUAACUCCAUGACCAAGAACCAACAACCCAAGCCCCCUAAAAAACGCAGGAAGGAAGAGGGAGUGAAGAGGAGGAAAUACCCUGGACAGGUGGUGACUGCAAACCCCACGGUGUCAAACACUGGUGUUCUACCUGACAAAAACAUGUGGGAGGAGAAACCGAAGAAGAAGAAAAGGAAGAAGCCUGCUGGUCCUCUGAGUGUCACAGACAUGUUGAGAAAGUUCCAGAAACAGAAAGACAAAGAGAAACUAAAAAGAGAGAAAGAGCGAGAGAAGUUUGUUCUGGAGAAGACUACACUACCCACAACCCCCUAUGUUUCUGCAGACCCUGCUGGGGGCGGCGCCAACAUGGCAGACCCUCUGCUCAGCUUGAUCGGAUCGACCAAUGACAGGGCGUUUCUCCAGGCAGCCAGCACUGUGGACUUUGACCUCGAUCUAGACACCCUAUUGGACGCCUCCGCUGAGACGCUGGCCAAUCAGGUAGUCGUUGCCAUGACCUUAACCAAUCAGGAGGUCAACGCUAAGACCUUGGCCUACAAGGAAGUGAACGGUGCAGGUGGUGACACCCGUACUUCCACCCUGGAGAGCCACACACAGACCCCCAUCGACCCUGUCCCUCACCCCCAGGACCAGAUUGACCUGGUCUCUGAAUCCAUCUCCAAGCCCCAGGCCCCAAAACCAUCUACACAGCCAGUCUCUGACCCACAGGUCCAGCCCUCGUCACAGCCCACUCCCCUGCCUGAAGGUCUGUCACCAGCCAUGGAGAAGAGAGCUCAAGACCUGGCCCUGGCUGCUAAGGGGUUGGAGGGAGAGUCAAAGGUCAAGUUCUUCACACCAGAGGUCAACGCCAUCCUACUGGACAUUGAGCUGCAGUGCAGAGAUGUGAGUGGCCAGGUGCGUUCUAAGGUGUACACACACCUUGCUUCAUUCCUCCCCUGCAGCAGAGAGACACUGCUGAAACGGGUCAAGAAACUACUGCUGACACAGGAGGAGCCUCUCCAGAGGUUGAGGCAGGCAAUCGACAAGGUGAUGCCGGAACAGAUCUCCCGUUACCACGACGACUGCCAGGCCCACGCCCAGGCCAGGGCCGCUAAGAUGGUGGAGGAGAGUAAAGAGCGAGAACAGAAGGAGAACACAGGAUCAGAGGAGGAGGAGGGGGAGGAGGAGGGGGAGGAGAGGAGUGGUAAACGAGUGGUGGGCCCCAGGAAGAAAUUCAGAUGGAACCAAGAGAUCAGGGAGGGCCUGUGCAGUGCUGUUCGGGUGAGGAUGGACAGAUUCAAAGUGGAGAAAGGGAAAGGUGAGACGCAGGGACCGGAGGAGUUCCUGAAAGCUUUCUUGGACACAGAGAUCAAAGCCCUCUGGCCGAAAGGCUGGAUGCAGCCCAGAGUGCUGCUGAAGGAGAGUAGAAGGGUCCACUGCCCCACUGCACCUCUACAGCAAGUGAAGAGGAAGUCGGUGAAGAAACGGUCCUCUUUGGGCAGUGCUCCAACUCUUCCAGGGACCUCCAGUGGGCCUGGGGAGCCUCAGGUUUUCCUAGGAGUUCAACCCCAGAACGGUUCACCUCUUCUGGGCUCAGGCGUAUCCACAACCCGCCAGAAUCUAGAUGACUCUCUGGACCAGGGUCGCAUCCUCACACCCCCCUCUUUAGGGGUUGUGAAGGAGGAGCUCCCUGAGCUGAGGGGGGAGGAGAGUUGCCGGUCUGAUUUUGGUUCCCCCAUCGCUGUGUUGACCCCCUACGAUGAUUUGAAGCCUUUGCCUGUCAGCAUGUCAGCCAAUGCCAACACACAUGCUCAGUCAACGACCGCGAACACACCCCCUCAGGCGAACACUCACUCCCAGUCUCCUCUGACCGUGCUCGCUAACCAGGCGCUGGCGCAAGUCCACAUCCACAAAGACUACGUUUCCCAGGGGCACCUAGCAUUGACGCAGGACCUUUCACUCCAGAACGGCCACCCUCCUCCACCACAGAAGAAGAAGAAGAAACGGGUUUCUGAGGCGUCUGCACGGAGCUUGCCCGCUCCGGGACACAAACCCGCUCCUGGUCUUCCUGGGAUCCCUCUACUCCAUGCCCUGGGUUUCCCGCUCUCCGACUUCGGACCAGGAACCAUGGGAACGCUGACCCAGUCACAACAUUCCAAAGACGCCCUGGUCACCGGCACCACUCCCGGAACGUUCCACCACGGACUCACGCACAAUGGCAGCCAGCUGGUGGGAGAGGGACCCAACGCUCAGAGAAAACUACAGUGAUCCAACCCUCUAGAAUGGACACGUGCAGUAAAAAUGGGGGACCUGUGGGGGAAAAAAAUAAUGAUGAGAACUGGAUGUAAAGGCCUAUUGAGCCUGGAAUAAUGAUCUUGGAAUGGACACCUAUAAGACAUCGGAACUUCUGAGCCCCUGCUGAACAGAUUAGAUGGAACAUUCCUCGUCAGCAAUGGGAAGGGGUGAAACGUUUUUAAAUGGGUCACAGAGCUGCAUGUAUAUCACUGGCUAGCACAGUGGUGUUAUGAGGAACUUACUGAAUUGAAUGUGUUCUUGUCAUAUUAAAGUAUUGUUGAUAGUUUGGUCAUUCAAAUCAUGUAACCACGUUGGUAGCACGUUGUAAUAAAGCAUUUAAA